GUGAAAUAUGAAGAAACGUUUGAAACAAAGAAAACAACCAACUUGGCUACUUCAACAACGUGCGUUUCUUGUCACUGCUUGUAUUGCGGUACUAUAUGGAAUAUAUAUUCGAAUAAACUAUCAGAGCAACUCAGAAGAAACCUCUGCAUUUAUUUCCUACUUUGAAGACUUCCUCCAAUCCCACCAGCAAAGAGACUGGAUAGAUACGUCAGACCUUUUCGUUAGAACGGAAUCCAACGAUAAUCCUUGGAACCUUGCUUUUCUUAAAGAACGAUAUCCCAACGUCGACUUGUCUUGGAAUAAGUUGGAAGACCCAAAAACUUUUAAAAGGAAAGGUGUUAUUGUUCAUAAACAUCGUAAUGUAGUGGGAUGUGGCGGAACUUAUGUGGCUGGUGCAAGUUGGGGAGACUUUGUCCACCUCAGAUUUAUUGGAAAACUAGAUAAUGGCACCGUUUUUGAUUCUACGAGAGGAAGGAAGCAAUUGUUUCGUUUUCAGUUAGGCUGGAAGAAUAUUUCCAGAGGUUGGAAUAUUGGUUUACUUGGUAUGUGUCCAGGUGAAAUAAGAGAAUUGGUAAUAACGUCGAAACUAUUCAGUAAUGAUGAAAAAAACCUUUAUUUUCCUAAUUGGAAAGAUAGAAAACUAUACUAUUUGAUACAACUUGUUUGCAUUGGUGAGGAUGCAAGUCCACCAGAGCAUCAUUUUCGACAAUGGAAAGAUCCCUACGAGUUACUUCGUGAGCAUACGGUUAUCAUACCUGCAAAAAGAAAACAGAAUUGUUAUCGUGCUUGUCAACUCAAGAAUCUUGUUUGUUUUAAGAAAGGAUUUUCCAUUUUGAACAAUUGUCCUACUCUGUCAGAAUACUUCGACUGCCGGGAAUGUGAAAUAGCCACUAUGGAAAGUGCAGGUUCUGAUAUGCCAUGUAGAGUAAGUCUUAAAGCGCCUUCAACUUAUUCUUCAGGUGUAUGUAUGAUUUCUCCUAAUUUGUCACUUACCAGUUGCGAAGCUUCACAUUCACAGACUGAAAGGCUUUGUCCUUGCGUGGUUGCCACCGAUAUGCUUCUCGAAAAGACACAGUAUUUGAGAAUAUGAUAUUUGUUAUAUUUAUAGGAAAUGUUACUAAAAUUUUUGGAAUAUGCUUUCAAAUGAUUUUAUAAAUGACAUAGUUUUCAA